AGCCUUUAACUGGUCCUGUGGAGGCCAAUGAGCGUCAUCAGUGAGGUGACGACUCCCUUAAGGUAUGUUUCCGUGGUCGGAUGAGAUGCACCUGUAGCAAGGCGGGCGAACGGCGCGUUUAAAUCCGCUCCGCCGCUGCGUGGAACAAACGCUCCUUUCGUUGGAUUAAUUUAUUAAUUUAUUCAUUUUUUAACCUUGAGCCCAUCCACUAAACAGAAAUCCUGGGUCCGCACUGCGUCAGGCGAUACUAAAGUCACGAGUUCAACACGUCGUCUGGAAUGAUCACACAUCCUCGAUUUAGCUCUCCCGGCAAACCAGUUCUGUUGCAGACACAAUGACUUACCGUGUGGAGCUACUGGAUAGCCCUGUUUGAUGACUUUCACCGCAGGGCUUUAAAGAGCUCUACGAAAUUGGUCUCUUCCUACUUCUGCUCUUCCCAUGGACGCCAGUAAAGUAACCGAAGAGCAGAUGGACGAGGUAUCCAUCCCGUCAGUAGUGGGCAGUGAUGACAUAACAGAUGACACCACAUCAUUAGGUGAACAAAUGUGGAGCUCUAAUGAAGAAGAUAGCUCCGAUCCUCAGGGACAGUGUCUGGCGGCGCCUCAGACUCCUCUGCCCAACUACAAACAGAGGUUUGAGGAGUUUAAGAAGUUGUUCAAGGAGGUGCCUGAAACGGAGAUACUCCUAGUGGACUAUCCGUGCGCCCUCCAGAGGGACAUACUCCUUCAGGGACGCCUCUACCUCUCAGAAAACUGGGUGUGCUUCUACAGUAAUGUGUUUCGUGGAACGAAGAUCACACUGAAUCUCAAAGACAUCACAACCAUGACGAGGGAGAAAACGGCUCGGCUGAUCCCCAACGCCAUCCAGAUCUGCACAGCCGCAGAGAAGUUGUUCUUCACUUCCUUCUCGGCAAGAGAGAAAAGCUAUCAGGGCAUUUUCCGAAUGUGGCAAAACGUUCUGUUGGAGAAGCAUCUGACCUGUGCGGAGUUGUGGCAGAUGGUUAAGCAGCACUAUGGGCAUGAUCUGGGCCUGAACCAUGACGAGAUGGAGAGUUUACAAAUAUCAGCAGAAUCAAGCGCGCAGACCAGCCUGACGGCGAGGCCCGGCGGCGAUGAAGGUCUCGUGAGAAACGAGCGGCCUCACUCCCUUCGUUUACCCGGGAUGGAGAAUCGGCCCCUAGAGGCAUCCACACCUCAGGAGGAGGACUUACCUUCUCCUCUCAGCUCCCAGAACUCACCCAUUAUGGAUGACUCCCGCAUCACACUCUCCCAGCGGCGCAGUCCUGCUCCUUCUCUGGACCGCCUCGCCCCAGAACGGGUUUCCAAGCGCUCCUCUCUAUCUCUUGAUCUCAACGCCAACGAGAAUGGCGUGUCCGAGCAGAGCGGCUCUGAAAGCGUGGAGGAAGACGAGCGAGACAGUCCCUCCCAGGCGGCGGGUCGACUGUACCUCAACAAAGUUUUCCACAUCAGCGCCAGCAAAAUGUUCGAUCUGCUCUUCACGGACUCCGACUUCAUCCGCAGGUUUAUGAACAUCCGCAAGAUGACCAAUUCCAGCUUUACUCCAUGGCAGAAGGACGCCUCUGGAAACAGGAAGCGGAGUCUGAACUACACAAUAACCAUCACCAACCCUCUGAUUGGGAAGUUCUCCACCGCCACAGAGAACCAGACGCUGUACAAAGAAUCCAGGGAUGGCCAGUAUUACCUCGUGGACUCAGAGGUGUACACACACGACGUUCCCUAUCACGAUUACUUCUACACUCAAAACCGGUACUACAUCAUUAGUAACUCGAAGAAGAAGUGUCGACUCAGGGUGUACACCGACGUGAAGUACAAGAAGCAGCCGUGGGGACUGGUCAAGUCCUUCAUCACCAAAAACUCGUGGAGCGGCAUACAAGAUUAUUUCAGACAGCUGGAGGCAGAGCUGCUGGAGGAGGAAGCGGAGAUGAACCAAGGCGGGGGAGAGUCGGGUAAAAUGGGUGGCCUCCGGAGGCGGAGGCGAACUUACAGCCGGACUCUGCCGGAGCACAUCAAGCCCAGCAAGCAGUACGGCCAAGACCCUGAUCAGCACAGAGAUGGCAAAAUGGGCCCCGUAGAGAUGAAAGGCCCGUACGGGUGGACUAUUACUUCGAUAGUGGCUGCGAUGAGUGUGAUCUUGCUGAUUCUGACGAUGCUGAACCUGGGGCUGUUCUUCAAGCUGUGGGCCAUGGAGGACGUGGCGCACCGCAUGUACCUCAGCACAAAGCAUCGGAUGAGGGAGAGGAGCGAGGCCAGCUUGGCUGCUGAAUAUGGUCCGAAGCCGGGGCCGGGGUACGGAGCCAGAGAGGACCUGCACCUGCUAAAAACUGUGCUGCAGGACUCCAUUAACCUUUUAGAACAGCUCCGCAGCUCCCUGGUGUUGCUGCAGCAGAACUUUGCCAUGGCCAAUCGAACGGCGGCACCGCAGUGAUGCAACUCCCGGGCCCUGUGGAGUGGAAAAACGACUGAUCUGCCUCUCAGGAAGUCUGGUGCACACAGGAUGUUGCCAUGCGGACGUCCCCAGAACACUAACAUGCCCGUGUGUUGCCAGGGGUUAAGCCUCCUAAAGCCCACGGUGAGGCAUCAGGUGCUGGGGUGUUGUUUUUUUCUUUAAAACCGCAGACUGACUGCUGGGAGGACAGAGUUACAUCAGAGCUUAGAUUUCUGUUGGGUGCUAUCGUCAGCUCCCACAGCCGACUCCUUAUUCUUCUCACUCUUUUCUUAAAUUGAGGCAUUGGAUUUCAGCGACGUCUUUCCUGACCUUGCUUUAUUAUAGUUUAAUGAGCCCUGUGCCACGGGGGAUAUUGUAAAUACAUUUGCAGGAAUCAUUUAACAGUUUUGAGAAAGUGAAUCAAUAUUAUUUAAAACUUCUCAUUUGCACAUAUUUUAAUUUUUUUUUUUUUUUUGCACUUUUAUUUUAAUGGUAUUGUUUUCAAUAGGACCUUUUGAAUCAGUGAGUCACGUCCUCGCGCAUGUGUCUCUGGUGUGCAGAAGACAGUGAUGAGAUGUUUUGUAACAUAUUUUACCAAAUAAAUGUGUGUAAAUGAAGGAGGACAAGACAUGACGUGCUUGAUCUGUAUCCGCCGUAAAUGUAUCAUCAGGGAUUCACUAUUUCUUUUACACACUGAAACGUGUAAUCUGGUCUUUAAAAGUACAAUUGAUGUUGGUGAUGUUGUUUGAAUGAAGGUGUCGGGUCAAUGAGACUGUUUGAGUACUGUGAACUCAGUCUAUCAACACUAGAUACACAUUUUUUCUUCUUCUUUUUUUUCUAAAUUUGACGAGACUGUAGUCAAAUGUGUAAGUUUGUUAAGCUGCUGGUUCCUCACAUUCUGUACAUACAAAUUUUCAAGUAAGGGUUUAUUACUCAUUGUUUUGUACACAUGUUGUCAUGCACUGUUUUAAUAAAUGAAAAUUCUUCCUA